AAACAGACACCAAAUGCACAGAUAAUUUCCUCAUCAUUACACGGCGCAGAUAAUCAUUUCAACUCUUGAGCGCGCCAUCAUAAACGCAUCCCUCUUUCACCCUAUAUUUGACGUUCAGCAAACAGCAGACAGAAUCGCUUUUGGAACAGAAAUAAAAAUAAUGUGAAUUAACCAACCAGAUAUCGGAGGUAACUGUAGUAGGGAAGCAAAAUUCUUUCUGUCGGGAAAAUGUGAAAAUCAAUCACCAUCGGUACGUUGCUGCACACCGGUUUAGGCGUGCCAUACUGCAAAAUACACCGUGUGAUAAUUUGCGAACAACCCGACCGCACAAUCAAACAAACCGACCGAUUCAUCUUCCACGAUCAGAAAUAGAACAGUCGCGACGAGUAAUCAGUGGAUCACGGUUGUGUUGUUUUUUUUAAUACAAAUUCCUGUUGGUAAAAAUGUGCUAGGAGACGAGCAUACACACGAACGUCCGUGGCGGAAGCAACGCGCCAAACAACAGGAGAAAAAAAUAACGAAAAAAUUUCAUCCCACCGACACCGUUCUCGGUGUGGCGGUCCGGGGGGGUGGGAAAGCGGGAGGCCACCGUACGGAAGUUGAAUCAUAUUUUUAUAACAUCAUUAGCCAUCUAUCAUAAGACGAUGAAAAUCAACGAGAAAAAUCUGUGCACGUUCGCAACAACGCCACCGGUCGAUCUCGAGGGAUGGAUGAACAAGCGGGGCGAAACGAACAAAAGCUGGCAGCGUCGCUGGUUUGUGCUGAAGGGCAACCUACUGUUCUACUUCGAAAAGCGCACCGAUAAGGAACCGCUCGGCAUGAUUAUCCUUGAGGGCUGUACCGUCGAGCUCGCCGAAGAAAGUGAGCAGUACUGCUUUCAGAUCAUAUUCCACGGUCCGAACAAUCGGACGUACUACCUCAGCACGGAAUCACAGGCCAGCAUGGAGCAGUGGAUGAAGGCACUAACGUGCGCCGGGUACGACUACAUGAAGCUAAUGGUGGCCGAACUUCAGCGCCAGCUGGACGAAAUCGAGGGCCAGUGUCGGGAGAAAACACCCGACACUGUGCCCCUGCUAGCACCACCAAAAGCACCACCGCGGCGGCAUAAUCCUUUCAACAAACCGCUCACCACGGAGUACGCAUCGAAUGCAGAUACCGGCACCAGUGGUGUGGAUGAAGGACUGGGAACUAGCCCACCAACACCGCUAACACGUUCCGGCCGGAAAGCACCAGCACCACCCACACCAGCAAAACAGCAACAACCGUCAUCCGGUGCAGCAACCGAACCGGUUCAGCCACCACCACCAGAAGAAGUUACCCCGACCCGUGCCGGUAAGAUUGUGUCCGCAACGAAGUCAAGCGAUGCCAUCGCAUCGAUGACGGACGAACGACCCCUGGAACGGGGUGCAGUUGUAUCGUUCUCGUUCGAAACGAUGCACUCAGCGCUCGGUGUGCCGGUGUUGGCCGACCUGAGCAAGUGGAAUGCCAGCCGCCAGGAGGUGGUGCACAAUAACGAGGAAAAUGUGGACGAUAAACGACCAAUGCCGGAAGCCACCGGUAUCACAAUAUCGGAGAGAGCUAGUAGCGUGGUUGGAGGCGAUAAGUAAGAGCGAUGAUUGAUGGGAAAAAAAGCAUUGCUAGUGAUAAUGGACACCAUCGCGGUUGUUCCCACAAAAGGGGAAAGAUGUACUGUCCAUAGGGUAACGAAACGCACACGCGACAAGCACAUAUGUUAGACGAUUGUUUUACAACAAACAUGGUGACAAUAUUCCGUUGGUUUAGUUUAUUUAGCUUAGGUUGCAUUUUUCUUCCAUCUUUGCCCUUCUUUUACCCGGGGGUUGACACCACUGCAGACGAACUAGAAAGAUGCUCCCUUGUCACUAAACCAGACAGUGCACUAUUCCUGGCUAACACACACGUAGCUUAGUGGUUGAGGGUUGUUUCAUUUGUUUUGUUUACUCUUUUUUUCUUAUCUUGAAUUUUGUAAUGUUUUUUUUUGUAACUCAUAACAUGCCAAUUAAUCGUACUCUUUGCAUUAAAUGUUAACACUAAAUGCUUUAAUCUUUUUUUUUCUUUUGUUUUGUUUUGUUUGUAUUGCUUUUUAGUGUUUCUUCAUUACGUUUUGUCUGCUAUCUGCUUUUGGCGGGAAAUGUAUUAUGAGUUAAUUAAUUAUAAAAUCACAGCACAACUUUAACCUUUACCAUCAAACUUAAUUUAAUUUUUUCUAUUUAUACACACGCACACAAACUGUCCUUCUAUCCUUUUUUCCUUUCCCUUUUUCGGCCAUUUUCCCAUCUUCAUGCACACACACACACGAGAAACCAGCAGUUAAACGUGCUCGAAAGCGGAAACCUCUCGAAUCACACUUAUAGAGAUUGUAUAGCUUUUGACGAAGCGGGAAUUCUAGUACGUGCCUACCUGCUAUUUAGAAUGAUUUUAAGUAGUUCCGUUUCACUUAAUAUAUAAUCAUUAGUAGUAGAAGGGAAAAGGUCCAUAUUACUGCGUUUAUAUUUAAAAAAAAAUCAAACAACACACAAACAUGCCAAAUACUGUAUACCACACUGUUCCCAUAUACGCACACAAACAGGACAGGCACCGGACAGGAUGGAAUUUUUCAUCGUUUGGAGCACGUGGGAGCAUUCAUUGAAAUGUUAACUACGAGCUACGAAGGAGCUAAGGAUUUAUUCUCCCAAACAAAACGAGGGGGAGAAAGAAAAAACAUAUCGGUGCCAAGUAUGGAUGAGUGCGCGUAUUGGUGGUCCUAUUUGUGUCAAUUUACGUCCAGUGACGUAGGGUAGUAAGGUGUUAUAAAUCGCAAAUAAAACGACUUUCCUUCUCCUGUUUUCCACUCUCCAAACCCCUGUGCCAAAUUAAAGAAAUAUACAUAUUUAGUCCAGUUUUAAAUUCGAACAAUUCGCGCCUAGCUCUAAGUGAUGAACGGCAACGUUUGCAAACGAAAGGAGGGAUCGAAUUAACAAAAGGAAAUAAAUUAAGAGCAAUUUGUUUUAGUUUAAAAAAAAGAUGUGCGAAACAUUUUUGCCUUACAUUAUUAUUUAUGAUAAAUAAAUCAAAACUUGUUACUAAAUUAACGAAA